AUGGCGACCCCAAAAUACCGCUUGCCGUCGCCGGAAACGAGAACGGUCAUUGAUCCAAAAGCGUCUACUGGAAAUGUUGCUUAUUGGAUGGAGGCUAAGGUGCAGGAGAUUAGGCCGAAAGCUCAUCAGGAUGGAACGUUCAGCACAUCACCUCAUGGAGGGCAAUACAGCUCAAUAAGGCCCGCUGAACGCCACUCACUCGAUCCACAAUCUUCAAAAACAUACCGUUUCCCUGGGCAAAGUAUUACGCCGACGAACGCUCGGCCUCGGAGCAGGACAACUCACAGAGGACAUCGACCAUUGAGUCUCAUUGUACCCUCGUCCACGAACCGAUCACCUAUAAUACCAGACUACGAGCGAUUCCAGACGUCAAGACACCCGGGCUAUUACUUCAAUGAUGAUUCGGACCGAUACCUCUCCCCGGCGUCGUCCCGCUCCAGACGACGAACAUUUAGCCCUAGCACAAGAGGUGGCCAAUUAACCCCAACAAGUAAAGGGAGCUCACCUCGUACUGAUCAUGCAUACCUGGUCCCUGCGGGCCGUUCUCGGAAAGUGUAUACAAUUGACCCCAAAAUGCAAGAUAUGGACCUCAACGACGCAUACUCAUACACCAACAUGAGAGAGGAGUUUCUCGGGGAAUCUGCAAGACGUCAGCACCGUCACGAUAACCGUGGCAGAAGACCUCGGCCUGUUAGCUUAACUGGGUUGGAAGAUUACCCACCUGAGGCUUGGAAAGACUCCCGAUACCAUGUGCCCCCAUCGGGUUCGAAGGAGCCCGAUAAACAACAGAGGGAAACUGAUCAUAGGGACCAUGUCCGGAGCGAGGCACCUCGUGUAACCGAAAUUACUCCGCAUCAUACAUCUCGACGAAUUCCUGUAUCUCUUCACCAGGAAAAAGACAAACGCUAUCGGGAUGACCACAAUAAUUCACGAGAUGGACGAGGAUAUCGGAUUCAUCGGGAAAACAAUGAUGUCGUUGUGGUUGACGAUCCCCCUUACUCAACUUCGUGGGAUUCUAGGCAUAAUACCUCGGCGCCCCGGCCAUUGAACGACUCGAAAGGCGGUCGCGACGAUCCAGAAUCCGCUCCUGUGAUGCAUGGCGGGCUUGCUACCCAUGGUUAUUCUAAGGAGCGACGCGAUAGGCAUUCCGAUCGAGAUAAUCGACCAUACCGAGAGCACCGAAAAAGCCGGGAGUCAAGGCGAGUAAGGGAUGAUACAGGUAGCGAAACUGAUCAGUCAGAGUCUGACGCAAGCUUAAGACGGCAUCUUCGCCGGAGUUUACGAGUCUCAAAUGAAGAUUCGCUUGACGAGUGGACUACAGCUCGCCAAAAAACCAGAAAGGAUGAUUCCGAAAAUCUACAGACAAGGUCGCCCAACCCGCCACAAAAGCCUUCUCCAGAAAUGAGACAACGGAAAGACUCAGAACCCCCAGCGCCAAAAGGGAUUCUCAAGACCCCGACGGCAAAGUUCCCCGAGGACCCCAACGCAAUCCGUGAAGGUGUCGCUCCAUUAAAGGACGCAACUAGGAAAGGCAUUCCUCCAGGGGCGCGGUGGACUAAAAUACACCGUGGAAUGGUCAACCCUGCUGCCUUGGAGGGCUACGAGCGAUUCGAAGUGCGACCCGACUAUGUCAUAGUUCUGAGAGUUUUAACAAAGGAGGAAAUUCAAGCAUACGCGAAUAGAACCGCGAAGAUUCGCUCCAAAGCCGGCUACCAUCGGAGCCGUAGAGAUAGGGAUAGGGAUAGGGGUGAUGACGAAGACGACGACGAUGACCGGCGGUAUGGGCGCAGCAGGCACAGCACGGACAGCGAUGAUGAGGAUGAGGAGAGUGAUCACAAGUCGCCUCGGUCACCCGAAGCCGCUCGUGGCUCGCGAUCACGCUCAUCCGAUUCGCGUUCAUAA